AUGGAUGGGGAUGAAGGCACCUUAGGGGUGCACGGAGCAUCCCAACAGGGGGUGCAGGCACCUCGGGGUGCCCCAGCGCAGCCCCGUGCCCGGGGGCGGUACCGGGGGUGGUACCGGGGGGGUGACCCCCCCUACUCCAUCCCCCCCCCCCCCCCGGGGGCCGGGCCCUCGGAGCCCCCGCCCCCUCGGGCCGGGCGAGCGGCGGAAGCGGCGGAGCCGCCGCAACGGGGCCGGUUUUGGGGUUCAGUGUGGUGCCGUGGGGAGCAGCAGCGGGAGCCCCCCAAGACCUCCCUGGGCACAGCCCCCCCUGCGGCCGCCCCCAUGGAGCAGGAGGAGCCCUGCGUGGUGGAGCUGCACGACUCGGACGAGGGGGACAUGGUCCGGAGGGUUUACAUCGCCGACGACGGCAUCGUGAGUGACUGCGAGGACGAGGUCCUGCCCCACGAGAUCAUCCAGACCGUGAUCCCGCACAGCCCCCUGCCCCCCAAAGCCAAGAAACGGGGGGCACAGCCCAGCUCCGGCGCCGCCACAUCCACGGGAGGCUAUGGUGAGGAGGAGGAGGAGGAAGGGGGGACCCGGCACCGGGCCGGGCGCCAGCGCCCCUUCAUCUGCAACGAGUGCGGCAAGAGCUUCAGCCACUGGUCCAAGCUGCUGCGGCACCAGCGGACUCACACCGGCGAGCGGCCCAGCACCUGCGGCGAGUGCGGCAAGAGCUUCAGCCAGAACUCGCACCUGGUGCAGCACCGGCGCACCCACACCGGCGAGAAGCCGUACCGCUGCGGGGACUGCGGCAAGAGCUUCAGCUGGAGCUCCAACCUCAUCCAGCACCAGCGCAUCCACACCGGCGAGAAGCCCUACAGCUGCGGGCAGUGCGGCAAGAGCUUCACGCAGAGCAAGAACCUCAUCAAGCACCAGCGCACGCACUCGGGCGCCCGGCCCCAUCGCUGCGCUCAAUGCGGCCGCGGCUUCGCCCAGAGCACCAACCUGCUCAAGCACCAGAGGGUCCAUGCUGCUCGUGGCACGGCUCCGGCGUGCCCCGACUGCGGCCAGAGCUGCCGCGAUGGUGCUGAGCUGGAGCGGCACCGGGCGCAGGCGCAUGGGCACGAGCCCUUCAUCUGUGUGGAGUGUGGUGAGAGCUUCGCCCGCAGUGCCACGCUCAACCGCCACAAGCGUGUCCAUAAGCCUCUCUUCGUGCCCUGAGCGCAGGGACUGGGCCACGGGCAGGGGAUGAGGUGGCACCAUCAUAGGGGACACCGGGACUGAGCUGUGGGUACCAGGAUGAGGUACCAUGGAGCUGAGGACACAUGGACUACAGCAGGGGGAUGAGGUGAUGCCGUCACAGGGGACACAGGGACUGAGCUAUGGGCACCAGGAUGAGGUACCAUGGAGCUGAGGACACAUGGACUAUGGCACAGGGAUGAGGUGGCACCUCAAUAGGGCUGAUAGGGACUGGGCCAAGGGCAGGGGGAUGCGGUGGCACCGUCAUAGGGGACACCGGGACUGAGCUGUAGGCACCGGGAUGAGGUACCAUGUUGCUGGGGACACAUGGACUAUGGCAGGGGCCAGGGGGAUGAGGUGAUGGGGAGCUGGGUGCCAAAAGGACAAGUGUGGGCAUAGGGUUGAGGUGACACCUUAAUGGGACACAGAGACAGCCACAGGCAGGGGGAUGAGGUGAUGGGGAGCUAGGGGACAAGGUGACACCUCAGCUGGGGACAUAGGGACUGCCACAGGCAGGGGAUGUGGUGACAUGGAGCUGGGGGGCACAUGGACUGAGCUAUGGACAGGGGGAUGAGGCUGUCACCCCAACAAGGACACAUGGACUGAGCUAUGAGCAGGGGGACGAGGCUGUCACCUCAACAGGGACACAUGGACUGAGCUAUGGGAGGGGGAUGAGGCUGUCACCUCAACAAGGACACAUGGACUGAGCUAUGGGCAGGGGGACGAGGCUGUCACCUCAACAGGGACACAUGGACUGAGCUAUGGGCAGGGGGACGAGGCUGUCACCUCAACAAGGACACAUGGACUGAGCUAUGGACAGGGGGAUGAGGCUGUCACCUCAACAGGGACACAUGGACUGAGCUAUGGGCAGGGGGACGAGGCUGUCACCUCAACAAGGACACAUGGACUGAGCUAUGGACAGGGGGAUGAGGCUGUCACCUCAACAGGGACACAUGGACUGAGGUGUGGGCAGGGGGAUGAGGCUGUCACCUCAAUAGGACACAGAGACUGCCACAGGCAGCCCCACCAGACCCCAGUGCCCUGCGUGUGAGCCCCAGUAGCCCUGGACUGGACCUCAGUGCCCCCCCCUGCAGGGGGUGGCCCCAUGGAUGUAGA